AGCAUCCCUGGUGUCUUAUAGCAGUGGGUCUGAGGGUGAAAGUGAAGAGGCCGAACAAGCUAUCACCCAUUUACAGCCUUUACCCCCCAGUUCUGGAAAGCUCUGUGCGGUGAACUCGGCGCCUGAGGUGGCAGUGAAGGAAAAUGUUGAUGUUGGCAUUCAUCUCGACCCCUCUGUUAAAGAAGUACAGUUCAACCCUACUUAUGAAACGUUGUUCGCACCUGAGAGGUCAAGGGGUCAAUCUCAUGUGUAGCCAUCAUGGUGGAUUCAAGGAAACAGAAUUACCGCUUGGACCCAACAAUCCAUUUAAAAGCCAGCAGAUGGCUGCUCCAAGGAACAUGCUUUCAGGAUUUGCAGAACCGACACACAUAAAUGACUUCAUGUUUGAACAGCAGAGAAGAACAUUUGCAACAUAUGGCUAUGCCCUAGAUCCAUCAGUAGAUAUUCAGCAAACAUCCACUAAAUAUAUUGGCUCAGUUGAUGAUGCUGAAAAGAAUCAAGGUUUAACUGUGUUUGAAACUGGUCAGAAAAAAAGUGAAAAGCGGAGAAAAGUGAAAGGAAAUGAUGCAUCUGAUAUAGAUGGUUUCCUGGGUCCAUGGGCAAAAUAUAUUGAUGAGAAAGAUGUCGCCAAACCAUCUGAGGAACAGCAGAAGGAGCUUGAUGAAAUAACAGCAAAGAGGCAGAAGAGAGGCAAGCAGGAGGAUGAUAAGCCCGCAGACGAGAAGACCAUUUUGCAUGUUAAGGAAAUGUAUGACUACCAAGGCAGAUCAUAUUUGCACAUUCCUCAAGAUGUUGAUGUUAACCUGCGGUCUACUGAACUGCCUGAGAAAUGUUAUCUUCCCAAGAAACAAAUUCAUGUUUGGUCCGGACAUACAAAGGGUGUCAGUGCUGUUCGAUUAUUCCCUCUCUCUGGCCAUUUGCUAUUGUCUUCUUCCAUGGAUUGCAAGAUUAAGAUUUGGGAAGUGUACAAUGAACGAAGAUGUUUACGGACAUUUAUAGGCCACAGUAAAGCUGUUCGUGACAUUUGUUUCAACAAUGCUGGAACCCAGUUCCUAAGUGCAGCAUAUGACCGCUAUCUCAAGCUGUGGGACUCUGAAACAGGUCAGUGCAUAUCCAGGUUUACAAAUAGAAAGGUGCCAUAUUGUGUUAAGUUCAAUCCUGAUGAAGAUAAACAGAAUCUGUUUGUGGCAGGGAUGUCUGAUAAAAAGAUUGUACAGUGGGAUAUUCGAAGUGGGGAUAUUGUCCAGGAGUAUGACAGGCAUCUGGGAGCUGUCAACACAAUUACUUUUGUCGAUGAGAACAGGCGUUUUGUAAGCACCUCAGAUGAUAAGAGCUUGAGAGUCUGGGAGUGGGACAUUCCUGUAGAUUUUAAGUACAUAGCAGAACCAAGUAUGCACUCUAUGCCUGCUGUUACCUUGUCACCUAAUGGUAAAUGGUUGGCUUGUCAGUCUAUGGAUAACCAGAUCCUUAUUUUCGGAGCACAAAACAGGUUCCGCUUAAAUAAAAAGAAAAUUUUCAAAGGUCAUAUGGUGGCAGGUUAUGCUUGUCAAGUUGACUUUUCACCAGAUAUGAGCUAUGUGGUGUCUGGCGAUGCUGAUGGAAAGCUUAACAUCUGGGACUGGAAGACUACCAAACUAUACAGCAGAUUGAAGGCCCACGAUAAAGUAUGUAUAGGUGCAGUAUGGCAUCCGCAUGAAACCUCCAAAGUUAUCACCUGUGGAUGGGACGGCCUCAUCAAACUAUGGGACUGAAUCUCAAGUGCCUGUGCUGGAUGAAUAUACAAAGGUUAUCUUUGAAGUACUUUGAACUUUGCAUGGCUGUUCUGGAGAACUUUGCUCUUGUCAUGAAGAUAUUUGCUAAUACUUUAUUGUGAAUGUAAAGUCUUUACACAGCAGUUAUACACUUUCCAAUGAGUGGUUCAGUGGCCGCAUGCAAGUUGUGUACACUUGUACUGUGUCCAGGUGACAAAGUACCUUCACCAGCAGGUCUUGUGUUUUUUACAUCUCUAUCCCUGUAUGUGUGUAUAUGUAAGCUCAGACAGAUUACUAAAUUGUGUAUAGAAGCUUUAUUUUUAAGUGAAAAAUAAAAUUGUACAUUGGUCUUUUUUA